UUCAUUACGAUAUGCCGACUCGAUCGGGACUUAUUAACCAUGAACAGAAGUUCGACGCGCAAUUUUUCAACAUAACAUCUUCGGAAGCGCACGCCACUGAUCCUAUGUGCAGGAUGUUGCUUGAACAUACCUACGAAGCAAUUAUUGAUGCCGGUGUAAAUCCUAAAGAAUUAAGAGGAACAAAAACCGGUGUCUUUAUAGGAUCAUGUUACUCUACGACAAGAAACAUAAUUACCUAUUACAGGCCUCAAACAGCUGGAUAUCCAAUUGUUGGAUGUAGUAAAUACUGGUUAGCCAACAGCAUUUCUAACUGGUUAGGCCUUGAUGGACCAUCUUAUACCUUGGAUACGGCUUGCAGUUCAAGCCACUAUGCCAUGGCGGAAGCUUACAGAAUGAUACGAAGUGGAGAAUGCGACGCGGCUAUCGUGGGGGGCGCCAACAUCUGUCUGCAUCCCAACCUUAAGUUGCAAUUUUUUCAACUCGGCGUUCUCUCCAGUGAUGGUUAUUGCAAGCCAUUUGAUGCUUCUGGUACUGGUUAUAUGCGCAGUGAAGCUAUGGCGAUAUUGUACCUCCGAAAGGCAAAGGAUAUGAAUCGAAUCUAUGCUACCUACGUCUACACUAAACCAACUCUAAUGGCCUUCUUCGGUUGGACAUCUUCGUAACUGGAGAAGUGUGUAGAGGAAUGUGUGUCCUUACGUGCGUGUUGUAUCGACCGUCAAAGAUGGUUAUCCGACCGUGCCAUGUCUAGAGAGUACGCUGGUGGUGGGAGGACUUCCCAUUCAAGCUGUAAAAAUAUUAGUUUCACGCUUUCGCAACAUGCGGUCGAGCGUUAUCGUGCAAAAAAUGACUGUGCGUCGAUUAUUGGCCACAAAUAGCCUUUUAUGUAUCAAUUCGUUACU